GCUGGCCUCAUCAGCCAGCUGCUACCUGGGCGGCUGGGAGUCUGAGUCGGAGCAGGGCCCUGGGGAGAUGGCUGUGGACCCAGCAGCAGAGAGAUCCCGAGAGAGUGCGCCGCAACCCCAUGUCUCAGCCAGGGCUCCCUUCCCUAGCUCCCACGCAUGGAUGUGAUGGCGGCUCCUGGUCUGCCCUGGUGUCUGUCCCUCCUUGUCCUCUUCCUGCCCCUGGGCAUCCCUCGGGCAUCCACAGCGGUGAACGACCCCUCCAAGCUCACGUGCUUCUACAACUCAAAAGCCAACAUCUCCUGUGUCUGGAGCUGGGAUGGGGACCUACAGGCCACAUCCUGCAGGAUCCACGCUAAGCCGGAUCAACGGUCUUGGAACAAAUCCUGUGAGCUGCUUCCGAUGGGAUCGGCCUCCUGGGCCUGUUACCUGAUCCUUGGAUCCCCGGAUACUCAGAGUCUGACUUCGGCUGACACCGUGGACAUGAGGGUGAUGUGCCACGAAGGGGAGAGGUGGAGGGUGCUGAUGACCCAGAAAUUCAAGCCCUUUGAGAACCUUCGCCUGAUGGCCCCCGACUCCCUCCAAGUCACCCACGUAGGGACCCACAGAUGCAACAUAACCUGGAAAGUCCGCCAAUCCUCCCACUACAUUGAAAGAUACCUGGCGUUUGAGGCCCGGAAAAGGUCCCCAGGCCACAGCUGGGAGGAGGCCUCCCUGCUGACCCUCGCGCAGAACCAGCAAUGGAUUUGCCUGGAGACCCUCACUCCAGACACCCUGUAUGAACUUCAAGUACGGGUCAGGCCCCAGCUGGGCAAAAACAAGGCUUGGAGCCCCUGGAGCCAGCCCCUGGCCUUCAGGACGAGGCCCGCAGCCCCAGGGAAGGAGGCUGUGCCCUUUCCUUGGCUGGGCCACAUCAUCAUGGGCAUCAGCAGUGCCUUUGGCUUCAUCAUCUCGGUCUACUUGCUGGCCAACUGCCGGUACAUCGGGCCAUGGCUGAAGAAGGUUCUGAAAUGCCACAUCCCAGAUCCCUCAGAAUUCUUCUCCCAGCUGAAGUCAGUGCAUGGAGGAGAUUUCCAGAAGUGGCUCUCCUCUCCCUUCCCCUCGUCGUCCUUCAGCCCCAACACGCCGGCACCCGAGAUCUCCCCGCUGGAGGUGCUGGACAGGGACGCCAAGGCUACACAGUUGCUCCUGCGACAGCAGGAGAAGGUGCCCUCCUCGCCCUCAGCCGAGACCAGCGGCCACUCGCUGACCAGCUGCUUCACCAAUCAGGGCUAUUUCUUCUUCCACCUCCCGGACGCUCUGGAGAUCGAGGCCUGCCAGGUGUACUUCACCUAUGACCCCUGCACGGAAGAGGCCGAUGAGGCCGGGCCCGGGGCGCCUGCGGGGUCUCUCCUGCCACCCCUGCUGCCCCCGCCCGGGGAGGAAGACGCCUACUGCACCUUCCUCCUCGGCGGCCCGGGCCCCCCAAACAGCCCCGGGGGCACUGGAGCCCAUGACAAGAAGCUGGCCCCCUCCCUGCAGGAGGGAGCUCCCAGAGACUGGGCCCCCCGGCCCCCGAUGUCUCCCCCGCCAGGGGCACCUGAGCCGGUGGACAUCCAGCCACCCCUGGAGGGCUCCGUGGAAGGAGCAAGAGAGGAGGUGCCGGGCCCGGGCCCUGGCCCUGGGGAGGGGGUCAGGGUCAGCUUCCCCUGGGCCAGCCCUCCUGGGCAAGGCCAGCUCAGAGCCCCUGCCUCCUGCCUGACCCUGAACACCGAUGCCUACCUGUCCCUCCAGGAGCUGCAGGAUCAUCAGGACCCGGCUCGCUCGGGGUAGACGGGCGACCCGGCGGGUCACUGCCCACCGUGGUGCCCGACCCAGUUGAGGGCUCGCUGUCCUCAAGGCUUGUCCACUGCCGAGUCACCCGGUUUCUAGCCGUGCCCCGGACGUCUCUGCCCAGAGGGGCCCCCACCCAACCUAGCACACUUGGCCGUUCAUUUCCAAAGACCUCAGUUGCUGCUUCCUGGUCCUAUCGCCCAAGUGCAGAGUGGGGGGGGUGGGGGCACCGUGACUCCCCCACUCCCUCAUCAGUCACGGAGCCCCAUGGCUUUUGUCCCUGAAGCAUCCCUCCUCUUCAGCCCUGCAAGCACUCUUGGGGGAGCGUUCUCGGGCUCUCCAGGGGUCUUCUCCGCAGGCUUCCUGCCCCAUCUCCCCCCCUCCCCCCCUCCCCCGCAGGGCAAUGAGAACAAUGAGAACGCUCUUUCCAGAACAGAAAUAUGGUUAAGCUGCCUCCCCCCGGUUAAAUCCCUGCCAUGCCUCCUCACUGCCCUCCGCUUCACUUCUUGGCCUGGCCCCUGCUCCUCCAGCAUCGUGUUGGGACAUUCCCUUCUGGAACCCUCCUCCUGAGCCACCAGAAGCUCCCUCCUGCCCCCACACCUUGGCGCAUGCUGUUCCCCGGUGGCCUCAGUGCCUCCCUCAUCUAGGGGACAAACCCCCCUUAUCCCUCAAGUGUCAGGUCCGCUUCCCUUGGAAGGAAACACCGCUUCCAUUCAUGUGCCCAGGCUUCACGAUUCAGUGCUGGAGGGACAGUUCUCGGGGUCACGGGAUGGCUAGACCCAGCGGCUCUGUCACUUCGCCCUUGGGAUCUCUCAUGACCUCAGCAUGCUUCGCUGCUGUGUCCUUACCACCGUAUGGACACAAAUCCCCCGGGGGGAGGGUGGGGGGAGAGGAGGGGACACUGGCUGGAUGUUUCCAUGGAGGUUUCACAGACUCCUAGGGCAUGCUGCUGGAAAGUGAACCUCCUGUCAGUGGCAGGUUCCGAUGCUGUCCCAGGGAGCCCAGAUCUGGGCCCCUGCCACUCCACCCUCUACUGGAGGGACCUCUUCCGUG